AUGAAUAUAAGCCGGGCUUCUACCGCAUUCUGUGUGCUCCGACGAGCUCAAUCCUUUACACGCCCAUCGCAUCAACAUCUACAUCUGCCCGCUACCAAGCCUCAUCGCUACUUCCGCAGCAUGGCGCAAGACAUCUACACCAACGGAAGCCUCCAGCCAAAGAAAGUCAGCUUUCCAAGUGGCGACGGCCAUGUUGUGGCCCAUCUCUACCUCCCGCCACACCACAACAACUCCAAACGCUACCCAGGAGUCGCCAUUGCCGGACCUUUCAGCACCGUCAAAGAGCAGGUAGGGGGAACGUACGCCAGCCAGCUAGCCCGGAAACACGACAUCAUCGCCCUUUCGAUCGACUACCGCAAUUAUGGCGAAAGCAGUGGCAACAAACGCCAAUACGAGGACCCAGCUUCGAAGAGUCAAGAUCUUUCAGCAGCUGUAUCAUAUCUCAACAAACGUCCUGAUGUCUCAGGUGCAGGCCUUCUGGGCAUCUGUACCUCAGGCGGCAACGUCCUAUAUGCCGCCGCGCAGGCCUCCCAUGCCCAAGCCGUGGCGACAGUAGCCGGCUUCUUCACCGACUCUUCCGUGGCUACCAUGCUAUUCGGUGGCCAAGAAGGCAUCGACAAACGUCUCGCAGCUGGUCGCGCGGCUCAGGAGAAAUUCGACAGCACGGGCGAAAUCGAGACGAUUCGCGCAUAUCACAAUACUGACUUGACAGCCGCGUCGGUCAGCUCCGCAGAUUACUACAUGGACAAGUCUCGUGGUGGCGGUGUAGCAGCGUGGAGGAAUGCGUUCGCGGUUAUGGCUCGGGAGAAAUGGAUCAAAUUUGAUCCUAUCUCUCAGGCGGGAGAAGUCACGGCUCCUACGCUCAUUGUGCAUUCGGAAGGAGCUGCGUUUCCAGACCAGGCGAGGAAGGUCUAUGAGGCCUUGAAGGGGGAGAAGGAGCUUGUGUGGGCCGAGGGAGGGCAUUUCGACUUUUAUGAUGUUGAGUCGACGGUGAGCGAGGCCGCAGAGAGGGUUGCGAAGCAUUUCCACAAGAUGCUCCAGUGA